GCUGUACACAUUUCCGGUAUAUUUUUGUAUCCGAAUGGCAGGAGAGGAAAGUGGAAGCCGAUGAGUUUGCUAGGCUAGUUUUAAUUUGUAGUUUAUUAUAUUUAACUUUUAUUUGUACUUACUUAUUUAUUUAUUAUAUAAAAUAUACAUUCAAGGUUUAUUAACGUAUUGUUGAAGGAUAUUUAUUUAAAAAAAAGAAAAGAAUUAGAAGAUGGAAGAGGAACGAGGAAAUGUAGAAGUACCAACAAAGGUCACAGAGCCAUUACUAAGUGUACCAAAUCCAAGAGCCCUACAACAGACUGUUUCUUCUGUACCUGGCCAGUCAAAAUAUAUACAGCUGCUUAAUGUCAUAGAAGAACUUGGUCACGAGGUUCGACCUACCUAUGCUGGCAGUCGUACUUCUGCUGAAAAAAUCAAGCGUGGUAUUGUACACGCACGUAUUCUAGUCAGGGAAUGUUUGGUUGAAACUGAAAAAAGUGCUCGUCAAUGAGAUAGACAUUUUCAAUGAUUUUAUAUAUGACCAUAGACUCAGAAAGUACUUAACCAUAAAUAGGAAUCAAAAGCUCAAGCAUAUUUUCUUUUUUAAACAAAAGUAGAUAUUAGAUAAAAGAACUAUAGUAACAACUAAUCUACCUCAAACUCAUAUUAGAAUACAUAUAAAAUGUAAUAAAAUUAUUCAUUAACAAUCAUUGAAAGAUAUAUUCCUAUGAUAUUUUUUUGUAAGAGCCAUCGUCGUAUCAUUCAUCAUUGCAUAUUUAUUCUAUAACUUAAUGAAUUAUUUAUUGAUUAUUAUACUACCAAAGAAUAUAAUGAAAAUAACCAUUAGGUGCCAUAAUUUAUUGAAAUAUGAUUAGUAUUAUAUGAGUCAGUAUAUGUUUUAUAUUGUUUUAAUGAUAACUACAGUCAGUCAUUAAUGCAGUGUAUCAGAUGAUGCAUUCCAUUAAUUUUAAAAGUUUAGUAUUUUUCAGUACUGAACCAAAUGUGCUUAAGAAAACUAAUAGUACAAAUUUACUUCCGAAAUACAAUGAAAAUGUAUAUGAAAUGACAAAAUGCAAGUCAUUUAUAACCAGUAAAAGUAUUAACAUGUCAUAGUAUAUAGUAAUUGUAAGGCAUACAUAAAUAUAUAUUUAAGUAAUUA